CGCCUGCGAUCCUCCGCUCGGCGCUGCCACUUCGGCGCCUGCCGCCGGGGCAGCAGGGACUGCGGCGCUACACCAGCGCGCUCGGGCGGCCACCGGCGAGUUCAGGACGUUGGUGGGUCCGUGCAUCUGUCCGGAGAGAACUUCCAGAUCCGUAGCUCCGCGAUGGUUCUGGCCUCACUGCUGCUGGGGCUGCUGCUGCUACCCGCGCCCUGGAGAGCCAUUGCUGAAAAGGCAGAAGAAACCAAGCCAGAUCAACUACCCCCAGGACCUAUACCAGGGAACCUACCAGCGGAGCACAGGCCAUUCUCUCCUCACUCCAGUGGGUACCAGCUAUCACCAUCCCGGACUCGGAGAUCACUUCCUGCACACACAGCCAUUCCCCAGGUGACCUCUGCAGCAUCAAAGCUUCUACCUCCUGUUGCCUUUAAUCACACAAUUGGACACAUAAUACUUUCGGAACAUAAAAAUGUCAAAUUUAAUUGCUCAAUCAAUAUUCCUAACACGUACCAAGAAACAGCUGGCAUUACAUGGUGGAAAGAUGGAAAGGAAUUGCUUGGGGCACAUCAUUCAAUCACACAGUUUUAUCCUGACGAGGAAGGGGUGUCAAUCAUUGCAUUGUUCAGCAUAACCAGUGUGCAGCGCUCAGACAACGGGUCGUAUUUCUGUAAGAUGAGGGUGAACGACAAAGAAAUCGUAUCCGAUCCCAUAUACGUCGAAGUUCAAGGACUUCCUUACUUUAUUAAGCAGCCCGAGAGUUUGAAUGUCACCAGAAACACAGCCUUCAACCUCACCUGCCAGGCUGUGGGUCCACCUGAGCCCAUCAACAUCUUCUGGGUCCAAAACAGCAGCCGCGUUAAUGAAAAACCCGAAAGGUCCCCAUCCGUCCUAACUGUACCUGGUCUGACGGAGACAGCAGUCUUCAGCUGUGAGGCCCACAAUGACAAAGGGCUGACGGUGUCCAAGGGUGUGCAGAUCAACAUCAAAGCAAUUCCUUCCCCACCAACUGAAGUCCACAUCCUCAGCAGCACAGCACACAGCAUCCUGGUCUCCUGGGUCCCAGGUUUUGAUGGAUACUCCCCAUUUCAGAACUGCAGCAUCCAGGUCAAGGAAGCUGACCUGCUGAGUAACGGCUCAGUCAUGGUUUUUAAUACCUCUGCUUCGCCACAUCUGUAUGAAAUCCAGCAGCUGCAAGCCCUGGCUAAUUACAGCAUCGGUGUGUCCUGUCGGAAUGAAAUUGGCUGGUCUGCAGUAAGCCCCUGGACUCUCGCCAGCACGACAGAAGGAGCUCCAUCCGUAGCACCUUUAAACGUCACCGUGUUCCUGAACGACUCUAACAACAGUGUGGACAUCAGAUGGAUGAAGCCUCCAAUUAAGCGGCAGGAUGGGGAACUGGUGGGCUACAGGAUAUCUCACGUGUGGGAGAGUUCGGGGGCUCCCAAAGAGCUUUCUGAAGAAGUUGACCAGAAUGGCAGCUGGGCUCAGAUUCCUGUCCAAAUCUACAAUGCCACCUGCACAGUGAGGAUUGCGGCCGUCACUAAAGGGGGCGUUGGGCCUUUCAGUGAGCCAGUGAAAAUAAUCAUUCCUGAACACAGUAGGGUAGACUAUGCGCCCUCAUCAACUCCAGCACCUGGCAACACAGAGUCUAUGAUCAUCGUCCUCGGCUGCUUUUGUGGGUUUAUUUUAAUUGGGCUGAUUUUAUAUAUUUCUCUGGCCAUCAGAAGAAGAGUCCAGGAAACAAAGUUUGGGGGUGCAUUCUCUGAGGAGGAUUCCCAAUUAGUCAUUAAUUACAUAGCAAAGAAGUCCUUCUGCCGCCGAGCCAUCGAGCUUACCUUGCACAGCUUGGGAGUGAGCGAGGAGCUGCAAAAUAAACUAGAAGAUGUUGUGAUCGACAGAAAUCUUCUAAUUCUGGGAAAAAUUCUGGGUGAAGGAGAGUUUGGGUCUGUAAUGGAAGGAAAUCUGAAGCAAGAAGACGGGACUUCUCAGAAAGUGGCCGUGAAGACCAUGAAGUUGGACAACUUUUCUCAACGGGAGAUCGAGGAGUUUCUCAGUGAAGCAGCAUGCAUGAAAGACUUCAACCACCCAAACGUCAUCCGGCUUCUAGGUGUGUGUAUAGAAAUGAGCUCUCAAGGCAUCCCGAAGCCCAUGGUGAUUUUACCCUUCAUGAAAUACGGAGACCUGCAUACGUUCCUGCUAUAUUCCCGGAUAGAAACAAGACCAAAGGUCAUCCCCCUGCAGACACUGUUGAAGUUCAUGGUGGACAUUGCCCAGGGAAUGGAGUAUCUGAGCAACAGGAAUUUUCUUCAUCGGGAUUUAGCAGCUCGAAACUGCAUGUUGCGCGAUGACAUGACUGUCUGUGUGGCCGACUUUGGCCUCUCUAAGAAGAUAUACAGUGGUGAUUAUUACCGCCAAGGCCGCAUUGCCAAAAUGCCUGUGAAGUGGAUCGCCAUAGAGAGCCUGGCAGACCGAGUCUACACAAGCAAAAGUGACGUGUGGGCUUUUGGCGUGACCAUGUGGGAAAUAGCAACGCGGGGAAUGACUCCCUAUCCCGGAGUCCAGAACCAUGAGAUGUAUGAUUACCUUCUCCACGGCCACAGGCUGAAGCAGCCCGAGGACUGCCUGGAUGAACUGUAUGACAUCAUGUACUCGUGCUGGAGUGCCGAUCCCUUGGACCGACCCACCUUCUCAGUGUUGAGGCUGCAGCUGGAAAAGCUCUCUGAGAGUUUGCCUGACGCACAGGACAAGGAAUCCAUCAUCUACAUCAACACCCAGCUGCUAGAGAGCUGUGAGGGCCUGGCCGACGGGCCCUCGCUCGCAGGGCUAGACAUGAACAUUGAUCCUGACUCCAUCAUUGCCUCUUGCUCCCCCAGCGCUGCCAUCAGCGUGGUCACGGCAGAAGUUCAUGAGAACAACCUUCACGAGGAAAGAUACAUCUUGAAUGGGGGCAAUGAAGAAUGGGAGGAUGUGGCCUCCACUCCUUUUGCUACAGUCACACCUGGAAAGGACGAUGUCUUACCAGAGGACAAACGCACCAAAAAUGGGAUCCUCUGGUCUCAGUGCAGUACGCUACCCUUGGGGAGCCCAUCACCAGAUGAACUUACGUUUGCAGAUGACUCCUCAGAAGACUCUGAAGUCCCGAUGUGAGGCCAGCUGAGGGGAAGCAUGAGAGGACCAAGCAAAUACUGCUUCGUGGGAUCUGGUUGUCUUAGUUACUUUACUGUUGCUGUGAUGAAACACCACGAGCAAGGCAACCUAUAAGAGGAAGUGUUUAAUUAGGUUUACCGUUUCAGAGGGUCAGAGUCCGUGACUGUAGAAGGAAGGCAGGGCGGCGGAA